AAGAUGGAAAAGGUAUUAACAGUAAGAAUGUCUAUACUACAGCUCAUUCCUAAUACACUACUCUCUACAACUCUAACCACUUACCACCCUCCAUUCCCUAGCACCCAUUAAGCCCAUUCACCCCCACUCCACCCCAAAACCCCACACAAACAUUUCUCCUAACCCCCCCUCCUCCCCUUACCUCUCCCCCUAACCCACCUCCCUCAUCCCCAACCCCCCACUCCCCAAGUGACCAGACCUUCUUCCCUAACUCCCCAGAAAGAAACCUAUACAGCCCGAAAAGCUAAAAAUUACGAGUAACUUCUUGAAAAACACAGGGCAGGGUGGUGAAAAGCUCAAACUGAAGCUCAGCAUAAAGAAUCCUACAAAUAGCAGGAACUCGAAUCGGAAAAUUGCCAAAUUCCACACUCAAGCCAAACUACAGAAGGCUCCGAUUGCCAAACAAACUUCAAAAGUGAAAAUUGGAAGUACUCCACAUUCAUUCCAUCAGAGCUUCAAAGCCAACCGAGAGACAGUGAUCGAUACCCAAAAUGAAGAAACCACAGCCAAUGAUUCAAAGAAUAAUAUUAUGGCAAAGUCGAACUCCAAAGGGAACCACCAGAAUCCUAUGAGCUCAAAAGUGAAGCUCUAGAGCAUGAUCUUAAGAUUACUAAGCAAAGCAAGAAGACAUUGAAAUAAGCUGAGAUCUAUUAUCGAUAACACCUUUAAUAUGCCUGCUGGGGUACAGAAUAACUCUAAAGAGCCCCAAGAGUCCAGGAAUUGGACCCAAAGAUUGAAGAAUCAUACAGUAGAGCCAUACAAGAUUAAGUUUCAAAACCCACAAGUGCUUGAUAACCUCGUUAAUGCUAGAAAUUUUAGCAAGAACAAACUCAAUGCAGAAAGUUUAGAGAGAAUGAAGGGCAAGUUUGCUCUAGCUGAAAAGAGGAAGAAUAAUAUCUCUGAGAGACAACUUCCUGUCAUUAAACCUCUGAAUAUCCCUUCAUCACAAAUAAUCACAAAGAAACUUCAAAGUAGGAACAACAAGUCUAAUCUUUCCUUUGGAUUUGAGAACACCUUCAGAAGAAGGAAGAGAGAACUUGACAAGAAGAACAGGGAUGCUAGUGGAUCUAAGAAGUCCAAGAACUUAUCAAUACCCAAGGGGAACACUCUUGAGGAUCUCCCAAGCACAUCCUAUUUAAACUCCUUCACAAUAGACGCUAAGAAUAAUGAUGAAGAAGAAAGUAAAUGACAAUCUAGAGACCAGGAGAAAAUGAACACUAAUCAUCGUCCUGGUAUUGGGCCCAUCCAGGAUCUGGGUAAAAUCAAAUAACAUCAAGUUGAAUACAGACUCUAGUCACAAAUUUUCCUUAAACUCCAGAAUAAUGUCUCCUUAUGGUCACUCCAAGGGGACUAGGAAUGCUAAAGAAUUCCACAAACAUUUCACGAUUGAUCAGAAGAAUAGAACUCAAGAUGUGCUUGAUGCACCUGAUGUCGAAAGUAUCAAUUCUGUGUCAAGAGGACCUUCAAGAGCUAGGAAAAUCUUUAAAGGGGUCAAUACUGUUGAGCUCUAUAAAGUAAAAACUCAAUGAGGCCGAGCUCCUUCAUCAUCAAAGAAAAAGAAAGUGAACCAAGAUUCUUACAUUGUGAAGCCAAAUAUUUCAGGACAAGAAGAUACAUGGAUGUUCUCUAUUCUAGACGGUCAUGGUAUUGAUGGGCAUCUCGUUUCAGAUUAUGCUAAGAAUCAAUUAGUUGACGAAUUUGAACUUUAUAUGAAACAAGAUUUUAAACGGAAGCUGUCAGCUACCGGCAAACAGAGAAGGAAGAGCAAAAAUGGACUUAGAGGGUCCCAAAAUUUGCACUUUAUGCAUUCAUUGUCAAAACGUAGCUGGAAGAAUCAUAAGCCCAAAAUGAAAUCAAGUAUUUUCAACUCCUUUGAAGUAUUUAACAAAGUUUCCCCACUUGACUCCGAAACAGAGUCUUUAUGACUUGAUUCUGAAUUAGGGUCUAGUCGGAGAUCAGCCAUGAAUGCAUGUAGAAAAACAAACACAAAGAUCAAAGAAGCCUUAAGAAAGGCAUUUAAUAAUACUCAUGAGAUGAUCGUCCAACAACCCUUUGACACAAAGUUGUCUGGGACUACCUGUGUAACGAUUGUGGUAAAGGAGAACAAAGUGUUCAUUGCCAAUGUUGGCGAUAGUAGAGUAGUAAUUUGUAGGCAAAAUUCCAACUUUUUGUGGAAGCCACACCAAAUUAGCCGAGACCAUAAGCCGGAAUUAAGAGAUGAAAAGGAAAGAAUCCUUUCCAAUCGAGGAAGGAUACAUCCCUUCUGUGACAACGAAGGUAACUUUGUAGGCCCUCACAGAGUUUGGCAUCCUAGUUUCCAAUACCCUGGGCUAGCAAUGAGUAGGUCCCUUGGAGAUGAGAUUGCUCAUCAAUAUGGAGUUACCUCAGAUCCAGAAAUAACUGAAUAUGAAAUCCAGUCUGAAGAUAAAUUUAUUAUCUUAGCUUCAGAUGGAAUAUGGGAAUUCAUGACCAACCAAGAGGUAAUAGAUAUCCUCUCUGAAGGAAUUGAACAAGAUGAUUAUCAGAAGGCAAUUGAUGAUCUAAUCUCUCAAGCUCAUGAAGAAUGGCUAAUCAAUGACAUCUGUGUUGAUGACAUCACCUGAAUACUUAUCAAGCUGAACAACUAGGAUCCCAUAAAAAUUCAAUUUA